AAGUAGCCUGAUAACUAGCCGAUAACUGGAAUCCCUGGAAGCAUGAACGGAUGAAAGAGGAGGAAGAGUGGACUCUAACACCUGCCUGCAUCUUCAGCAUUUAUUCGGGAAAAGAACUUUAAAUCGACCGCAAAGGUUAAGCGCCCAAGCUUAGCAAAGAGUCGGGUUCGUUGCUCCGGUGACAUGUCCUCGCCGUCACCGGUGCAGAUCAAGGAGGCGAACGCGCACCUGGCAGCCGUGCACCGGCGCGUGGAGGAGCUCGAGCAGCGGCUCGAGGCGGCGGAGAGGACCGUGCGCGAGCAAGCGGAGAGCCUCAUCCGGAAGGACGAGCAGCUGCGGGCCGCCGCGCAGGAAAUCACAGAGGCCAAGGACAGGGAGAUUGCUUUCUUGCAUGAGAAACUGUGUAAGUCAGAGGAGACUAUUCAGAAGUUCCAGAGCACAAUGAAGGAGAAGGAUUCGCUCAUAGGCCAGCUCCGACACCGUUGCCAGCUGCUGGACAACAUCUGUAAAAGCCGGCCGCUGCUUGACAGCAUGCUGUCGCAAAUAGCUGAAGCAGAGCGUUUGGGUCCCAUCAUCAGAAUGGGUGAGCUUACCACCAGCUUAUCCCUCACAGACGGGGAGUCAAACUGCAGCCCUGACCGCAUCGCUAACCACAGGGACUUCUCCCUCACAGAGGACGAUAUGGAUGACCAGGAUCUAGAUGAGAAUGUGUUUGGAACUACUGUGUAACACAAGAGGAAGAAGUGGAGCUGUGUGACUCUCAUUCUGAGAAGCAGUUACCUUUUUUCUUGUAAAACUUUGGAAUAUUAUCACAAAUGCUUUAAAUGGAAUGAAGGACCAUACUUAUUGUUUCCUCAAAUGUUUCACAGGAAAAACUAUUAAGUAGUUAACAACAAUCCAGAUGCUGAGAAUCCUUUGCAUAGUGAAAUUAAAUUGGGGUAGCAUUUUACAGGUAAUUAAAUGUACUAUCAUUGACAUAAAAGGUACAUAAGUAAAAUUUACAUAUGAAGUGUUUGCUGAAGUUACUGCCCAACGUAUAUUCUAGUAACAAUUUUACAUUCAGUUCCUUGAUUGAAAACAAAGCUCCUUUACUUAGCAGUUAAAAUAGGAUGAGCAGUGAGCAUGAACAAGCAUGCUUUUUAAAAUCACAGAUGAAGUGACUUUGCUUUGAAUCAGACUGCUGAUAUAAAAGCUAUAGUAUAUCUUUAGACAGACUCCAGGGGCUGCAUGUAAACGUUCUUCAUAAUCUGUCUCGUAUGUUUCUCAGAGUGAAGUUGCGGUUUGGGAAUGUUGGUAAUGAAUUCAGUAGGUUGUGUUUUUUUUAUUGUAAAGUGUUGGUUGUUACAUUUCAAACUUUUUCCUGCAACAGUAAACUUAAUAUAGUUAAUUGAACACAUUUGAUUGGAGUUUGUUUUCAUAGCAUGUAGUGUCUCAGAACAUGGACGUUUAAAUAGAUGUACUGAACAUGGAAUGAAAAAGGGGCUCGGCAGUUUUUUGUACUGUUACCUUUGAAUGUGGCAUCUGAACAGCAAAGUUUGAAAAUAUGUACAUAUAUAUGAAUUACACCAUUUUAAUACUUUCUGUAGUGUAACUUGGAUCAGAUCAAAGUUUUGAGAAGAUACCAUAAAUUUUGUUACAUGCAGGCCCACUUCAAUCCCUAGAAGUAAGGCUAAAGAUUUAUCUUGAAUGUUUUCUCAUACCAGAAAAUAUUAGAUGGGUACGUUGCCCUUACUUUGACUUAAUGCUGUACUCUUAAUACUUUUGCUUCUUUAUGCAUUCAGUUGUAAAUGUGCCCUGAAGAGGUGUGGAAGAUGCCGCUGAGCACCCACACACAGACAAGCGCUCCUCAGGCUCAGAUGCAAGUGAAGCCUAAACUGUAUGGCUUUAGGAUUCGUGCUGAUCAUUUUCAUACAGUCUAGUCUUAGCUGAUGAAAUUGCUUCAGUGAAGCAUAGCCUAUGCAAAUGUAAGAUGUUUCCUAACUGAAAAAACCUUAAAAGAAAACAACCAGUUCUCUUUUAAAAUCUUAACGCAGCAUUGGAUAUGUCAUACAGCACUACUUUGUGGUUGUAUUCGCAGGUCACUUGUUUACCUAGCUGAAAGAACUUGUGAUGUUUUUGAUUUGAUUGCAUUCUGUUUUGAUGCAGAAACGAUCCUUAAAGGCAACAAGCUAAUGUGAUUUUAUAAGUAAGGUUUAACACUGGGAAGCAAAGUAGGCAUCAGCUAUCUUGGUUAAAUUUUUGUCUCCCACAGUAAAGGCUAUACGACAUGGUCUUUAUGGGGAAAAUGAGUUUUCCAUCGCAGUCCUCUACAGCAGUGGUCCCCAACCUUUUUGGCACCAGGGACCGGUUUCAUGGAAGACAAUUUUUCCACGGACCUGGGGGGGGCGGGGUUUCGGGAUGAUUCAAGCACAUUACGUUUAUUGUGCACUUUAUUUCUAUUAUUAUUACAUUGUAAUAUAUAAUGAAAUAAUUAUACAACUUACCAUAAUGCAGAAUCAGUGGGAGCCCUGAGCUUGUUUUCCUGCAACUAGACGGUCCCAGAAUGUGAAUCACCUGUUCCAAUGAACCCGUAAUUUAAGUAGAACUCUUGGUAUUUUCUUUUAAAUGCAGUUUUCUUUUUGUUGGCAGUCUAGAGUCUUCUGCUGUCUCAUCAUUAGGUCUUCCCCCUUUUCAAAGAAGCUCUCCAGCGACAUUUGUUUUUUACUCAUUUUGGCUAGGGUUAGCUUGUGGGCUUACCAAAACUGACUGAGACAAGUGCGCAGUGCGGGAAAGAGGUGCGGACUGAAGUGGUAAAUAAAAUAAUGGGCACGCCACACGCGGACUAAAAUAAGUGUCGGAUUCUGACUUAAAGCCUGCCACCAAAUGCAGCUUAAUUGUCACUUGCCACUCACUGAUAGGGUCUUGAUAUGACUCUGCAAGCAAUUGAUUUAUUAUGGUCUCUGUGCAGUCAAACCUCUCUGCUAAUGUUAAUCUGUAUUUGCAGCCGCUCCCCAGUGCUAGCAUCACCGCCUCAGCUCCACCUCAGAUCAGCGGCGGCAUUAGAUUCUCAUAAGGAGCACGCAACCUAGAUCCCUCGC